UUUCAAGUUCCAUGCACAUAGUAGGUGCUUAAUAAAUGCUUAUAUUUUGAUUUGUGUUUACUGUUACCACCCUCUGUGCUCUCUUAGGUGAUGACUCCCCAGGCAAGAGGGACCGUAGCUGCUGCUGCAGUUGCUGCCACAGCCAGUAUUGCAGGAGCCCCAACACAGUACCCUCCUGGUCGAGGGACUCCUCCCCCACCUGUGAGCCGAGGGACACCUCCUCCAGGCAUGAUGGCUCCCCCACCAGGAAUGAGACCACCCAUGGGCCCCCCAAUGGGGAUGCCCCCUGGGCGAGGGGCACCAAUGGGCAUGCCACCUCCCGGCAUGAGACCCCCUCCUCCUGGGAUGAGAGGUCCCCCUCCCCCAGGAAUGCGCCCACCAAGACCUUAGGAUUCUUCGGCUUGCUGUGAUGCUGCCUCUGACCUGAGGCUGUAUAUAGUUUUGUGGGCUUUUUGUACAGUGUGCUGCUUUAAAAUUGAUUCAUAAUAAACUCUUGGGGAAAACAAAAAAA